AUGACAUCACUAGAUAAACCUUUUGCCUUUAACAAGGAUGACUGUUCAUGGUACACUCCGUUUUAUUGUGAAGAAAAUAUAUAUCGUCUUGGUUGUGCCUUGAAACAGCUCGAGCCAAGUGCUAAUUUCGAAAUCGUCUUUAUAUCCAACGAGCAUAAAAAGAUUCCUUUGUGGGCUCAAAAAAAUGGAUCUAGCGACGACUCCAUACCAGUGAUUUGGGACUAUCAUGUCAUACUGUUUCAAUCGACAGAAUCAGCAGUCACUUGUGUGUACGAUCUGGAUACAGUUUUACCUUUUCCAGUAAGCUUUUCAGAAUACAUGCUCAAGGCAUUGAAACCCUCUAUUAUAAAAACACUACCAAAGCAGUAUCAUAGAUUAUUUCGUGUGAUUCCAGGUCAUAGUUUUUUAACCCAUUUCGCAUCAGAUAGAAGCCAUAUGUUCAAAGACAAGGCCUGGAUAGCCGAACCACCCAAAACAUCCUGUAUUGCAACCCAAGGUGCCUUGGUGGUCAUACUAUUGAUAGUGUUGGUGAUUUAUUUAAAUUGGAUGGUAUAUGCUGACCUUGCCUUUUUAAAAUCCCGCUAG